ACUGAAAGGAAUACGUGACAGCGCUCAAGGAAACGGUGUCAUACAAGAGACGGUCCAGUGCUCUUGUUUUUAAAUGCUAGAUACUUAACCGAGUGACUGAAGGAUGAGUCGAAUGAGUGAAGAAGUUGAGUUGGAAAAGAGUGUCAGGCGACUGAGAGAGAUGUUUCAUGGCCGUAUUGAGAUUGAAAAGGCUGUGAUCCUCAUGCGACGCUACGCAAACAACCAUCGAAUGGUGGCGAUGUGGGUCGUGCUAAUGGCAGAUGAUGACAGAGAACUGGAUGAUGAUGACAAGACAGUGCUAACUGACCCUGUAGUGCAGAAUGUGGUUAUAAAACUCAAGGCUGAUGAAAGACAGCAGGAAGAAAAAACAGCCAAGCCAUCUGGAUCCAGUGGUGCCCGUCCUUCAGCACAAGCAAAGAAAAAUCGAAAUGACGACAAGGAUAUAUUGGAGCUCAGGGCACGUCUAAGAGUUCUGCCAUUAACAGAGGAGAACAAACGGAUGUUUGACCAGGCGCAGGCAAACCAGAUCCCUGCUGUCACACAUCAGUUUGCCUGCGAGUCAUGUGAUAGGGACUGGUGGAGACGUGUGACACAGAGGAAAAGGGUGUCACGCUGCCAUCGAUGUAAAAAGAAAUAUGACCCUGUACCAGCUGACAAAAUGUGGGGUAUCGCCGAGUUUCACUGUCCAAACUGCUCUCGCUCAUUCAUGGGUUUUGGUCGGAUGGAUGGACGUUCCCCUUGUUACGGCUGUCGCUCAGCCAUAUUUCCAACAAGGAUUGUGCCACCAAAGAAGAACAGGAUGAUGCCUGGACCCAGAAGAAAAAAUCAGCACAGCUGCUUAGCUGAAGACUGUUUUAAUAGAAUGGAGCCCCAUGUGCCUGGUACCGAAUGCGUCCACCCACGUAGCAGACAGAAGAACCGAAAGCCGCGGGUGGUGUACCCUAGCCCUGCUCAUAUAAGCAGUGGAUCCACUGUAAACACCUGCCUGAGUCAGGGCAGUCUUCUGGACAGCCUGAACGAGCUCAUCCUGGAUGACAUUGAAGAGGAGUCUGAUGAAGAGUCAGACAGCAGCAGCUGAGGCAGCUCAAUUAUUGCAACAUGGCUUUCACCUCUUAAACUAUCUUAAUUGAACAAUGUUGCUUUGAGUGGCACAGGCUCUUAUGAUAUAAUUUCAAGUUAUUUACUCAGAGUAACAAAUGUGUGACUAAAAAGCAGUCUGAAUGAUUAAUUGUACUACAGGCUGCAUGAAUACUGUGGCAAAAAGAUUUUUGACCUUCUUUUUGACGCACUUAUGGGGAAAUAUUCAUCAUAUUUUAAGAGUUCAAUUUUGUUUGCCUAUAUUGGUAAAAAAAAUUGUUGCCGGCUGCAUAAAAUGACAACUUUAAAACUAAGUAGAUGCCUCUGGUAAACAUGUACAUCAUUAAACGAACCCGCAACUAGCACUUCUAAUUUUUUUAAUUCCCUAGCCCCCCAUACUGUUAGUUGGUAAAUCUUUUUGGCACCAAAUCAUUAUGUUUCCCUCUUAUAUGACUAAUGAUUAGUGCUGCUAUUGUUUGCCUUCUCAAAUGAAAUAUAGGCCACACUUGAGAUCCAAUAUCAAAUUACACAACACACCAAAAAUCAUAGUUAUCCAACUAUUCAGCUUAUUGAACUCUAUUCAGCUUGUCAAACUGAUUCUUUCUUUUAUGAACUCUUUUUUUUAGGUUUAAUUUUUUUUUAAAUCCUCUUUGUUUCAUAUUACACUUCACACAGCUAACAAAAGACAGCCACUUACAAAGGAAAUCCAAACCACUCCUGAUGAAUAACAUGUGGUGUUUUAUCAGUCUUUCAUAACAAACUGUCAAAAGUACAUAAGUGUUGGAUUGUGUCCUCCAUUUAAAAAUUUCCUCCUAACUGAAAAUCUGUUCAUUUGCUGGAUAAAGAUUUCAGGAACACAUGUAGGGAUAGAUUAUGGCUAAAGUCAAAACCAAAAAGGCUUAUAAUGUUAUUAUGUAAAAUAAUGUCAUAAUAAAAAGUGGAAAAAGAAGGAGCUUUGAUGUGCAGAUCUGUUGACCCAUUUUGUUUUGCCUUUGCUAUUAUAACUUUGUCUGUACAUAAUUACAUUAUGAUAAACAACCACCAAUAAAAAAAAAAAAAACAUUGUUAUUUAUUAUAACAGAUGUGAGUGGAAUGAACUCUUUUGAUCCAUAAUGGCUUGGAGAAUUCAAACACACAGCUACGCCCAAUAGUUCUACAACCAUGAACAAAAAGAUAUCAGAUAGCACCAAGGACAAACAACAAAGAAUUGUGCUCCAUGCACUCUGAAUGAAAUAUGAAGAACCCUUUUCUCUUAAUGAUCCUGAGUUCAGUAC